UAGCCGCCUACUCCUCCCUCAUCUCCUCUCCCUCCACCUAGUACUCUAGAACCCCUCUUCCUCUUCUGCUGCGCGCAUUUCCUUCCUCGUCGUCUUCUCGUCUCGGCUCGUCUCGUCUCGUCUCGACUCUAUGGAAAGAGAAGAAGCCAUGAGGAGGGAUAAGCAAGCCAUGGAAGGGAGCAACGACGAAGAGUGCCUGCUACCACCGCAGCCCAAGCGGCGGAGAAUUGCAAGAUACUUUGUCGAGGCCCUGCGAAGGCAUCAUCUGACCCAGUUUUUCUCAAAACUGGAGCCCAUCGUCCGUAGAAUCGUCAGUGAAGAAUUGGAGCGGGCUUUAGCAAGCAGGAUGACUUCUGACAGGACCGUGGAAGGCCGUCCACCCAAACAAAUUGAAGGGCAUGAUGACAACAAACUGCAGCUCCAUUUCAGGAACAAACUGCCCCACACGAUCUUGACUGGAGAGGACAUACAAGGGGAGUUGGGUGCUGUUAUCCAUGUCCUGUUGUUUGAUGCCAAAACUGGCCGCUAUGUGACGUCUGGCCCUGAAGCCUCUGUGAAACUGGAUGUUGUGGUCCUUCGUGGCGACUUCGACAAGGACGACUGGACGGCAACUGAGUUCGAGGGGUAUGUCGUCAAGCCGCGCGAAGGGAGAAGGCCUCUUUUGAUAGGGGAGACACAGGUUUGUUUGAAAGAGGGCCUAGGCACCCUUGGAAAGCUCAGCUUUACUGAUAAUUCUAGUUGGGACCGGAGUCGAAAAUUCAGGCUUGGCCUCAAGGUUGCCGCGGGCUUCUGCGAUGGCACGCGGAUACGUGAGGCGAAGACGGAGGGGUUCAUGGUCAAGGAACAGAGAGCACACGGCAAACGUCACCCUCCUGUUUUGGAGGAUGAAAUAUGGAGAUUGGAAAGCAUCGGAAAGGAUGGGCCAUAUCAGAAGAAGUUGAAUGAGGAAGGAAUUAGAACAGUUGGAGAUUUCCUUUUAUCUUAUAAUCAGGAUCCAAAAAAACUGCAGAAUAUUCUUGGAAGCGGGAUGUCAAAGAACAAGUGGGAGACGCUUGUGAAUCAUGCAACGACUGCUGUAUUAGAUGGAAAAUUAUAUGUCUACUAUUUGGAUGAGACAAAGCAAGUCGGUGCAAUCUUCAACAGUGGAUACGUAUUCUGUGGAUUAAUUGAGAAUGAGCAGUUCACGGCACAAGAAUGCCUCAAUGAUGAUCAUCAGAAGGGUUUAGCAGAUAGAUUGAUGCACAAGGCAUAUGACAAUUGGAAAGAUGUGCGUGAUUAUGAUGAGAACCUGAAAUUCAUACAGAGUGAGGGCGCAAUCGCAUCACAAGGAGCUGCAUUACCAAGUUCUUCUUCUCCCAUUGGCCACCUUGGCAUGCUGAAUGAGACGGAAGACGCAGUGAAUGACGAUGCAAGGCUUUCGCCUGCUGAACACAUCGAACAACAUCCAUAUAGAAGUAGGACCUUCGAUGGUUUGUCCCCCCUCGACGAAGGAUUCAUUCGCUCCUGGACUCAACAGAUGAUCGACGACAAAAAUUUGUUCUGCUCCGACAUGAUUGGUUUGGCUUCAUCAACUUCAUCGUACAAUGACCGCAAUCUUGACGAUGAAGAAAAUGUUAGGCCCAGAACGAAUGUGGUUAAUUGGGUGACAAUUGUGGCAGCCUUGAGGUGGGCAAUUUUUAUCCGGAGAAAAGCCGCUGAAAGAAGAAACUAGAGUUGGAGAUGUGCAAGAUUAGGAGGGGAAACUAUAUCCUAAUUAUGAACCGAUUAUAACCUUUAUUGGGAAAAGCUAAAUUAAAAACUAGGUAUUCUAAUGUUA